AAUCCACAGAGAGUCAACUUAGCACAAACACCUUAAACAGUUUCUCCGUAAAUUUCCUUUCCUUGUUGGAAACGAAAUGAAAAUCCUUUGAAUCUAAAGGAAAUAAAUUUGCCCAUUUCUUUUCGUUUUUCCAAUCUUGAUUUUUAAUUAUUUUAAAAUCAAUGUCAACUACUCCUCGAUUCAUCUCUCAAUUCAAACAGACAACACAAUCCCUAAACGCCACCGUGCGGCCAUGGCCGCAUUUUCUCGACAUUUCCUCACUCAACAUCCCAUCUUCAGUCCCCGACGCCACAACUCGCGUUACCCAGAACCUAACUCAUUUCCGCUCUAAUUACUCACUCAUCAUCUUACUAGUUCUCUUCUUGAGUUUAGUCUAUCAUCCUCUGUCUUUAAUUGCUUUCUUCAUCACUCUAAUCGGCUGGGUCUUUCUCUACUUCGCUCGCGAGGAAGAGCCACUUAGGGUUUUCGGUUUUGAGGUCAAUGAUUUUGUGGUCUUGGUCUCGCUGAUUGCAGUUACGAUAUUCGUGUUGGUCUGGAGCGGGGUUUGGUUUAAUGUCGCGGUUGCGGUUGCGAUUGGUGUUGGUUUGGUGGUUUUACAUGCGGUGCUGAGGAGUACUGAUGAUCUCGUAGCUGAUGAUAUCGAGACAUCGCCGUAUGUUAACUUGCUCUCUGAUGAUGAUGAUGAUGUUAUCCUUAGAGGAGGCUUGUAGUAUUUCUUUCUUCUUUUUUUGGCAAUUCAAUUUGAAAAUGAAUGAAAAUAUUUAGCUUUUGUACUAAA